UGUUUUGUCUGCUGGGGCUCUGGUCACGAUUCGAGGAGUUGCUACUUAAACAAAACUUGCGGCAAGUGCGGUCAAAGGGGCCACCCUAGUCGGCUAUGCACUGAGCGCGAGGUACGUCGCCGUCAUUUGUGCAAAAAUUGCUUCAAGUCGGGACACGAACACUGGGAAUGUACCGAGCCCAAGGGUUACAGUGAGAUGCGUUGUGAGCGCUGUGAUCGUCCUGGGCACGUCGCGCUUGACUGUCCGACUCUAAAAAGA